AUGCAUGUCGACACAAGUGUCAUUGUGCAUAACAACACAUGUACCAGUGUGCAUGACGACACAUGUACCACUCUGCAUAACAACACAUGUACAAAUGUCAAGAACGACACAUGUACCAGUGUCCACAACGACACAUUUACCAGUGUCCACAACGACACAUAUAUCAAUGUGCAUGGCGACACAUGUACCAGUGUGCAUGACGACACAUGUACCACUGUGCAUGACGACACAUGUACAAGUGUGCAUGACGACACAUGUACCAGUCUGCAUAACAACACAUAUACCAAUCUCAAGAACGACACAUGUAUCAAUGUGCAUGGCGAUAUAUGUACUAGUGUGAACGACAACACAUGUACCAAUGUGCAUGACGACACAUGUACCAGUGUGCAUGACGACACAUGUACCAGUGUCAACAACGACACAUGUGUCAAUGUCCACAACGACACAUGUGCCAGUGUCAACAACGACAAAUGUACCAGUGUCCACAACGACACAUAUAUCAAUGUGCAUGGCGACACAUGUACCACUCUGCAUAACAACACAUGUACCAAUGUCAAGAACAACACAUGUACCAGUGUCCACAACGACACAUGUAUCAGUGUGCACAACGACACAUGUACCAGUGUCCACCACGACACAUAUAUCAAUGUGCAUGGCGACACAUGUACCACUCUGCAUAACAACACAUGUACCAAUGUCAAGAACGACACAUCUAACAGUGUCCACAACGACACAUGUACCAGUGUCCACAACGACACAUGUGUCAGUGUCCACAACGGCACAUUUACCAGUGUCCACAACGACACAUGUGUCAGUGUCCACAAGAACACAUGUGUCAGUGUCCACAACAACACAUGUACCAGUGUCCACAACGACACAUGUGUCAGUGUCCACAACGGCACAUUUACCAGUGUCCACAACGACACAUGUAUCAGUGUCCACAACGACAUAUGUACCAAUAUGAAUGACGACACAUGUACAAGUGUCUACAACGACACAUGUACCAAUGUGCAUGACGACACAUGUACCAGUGUGCAUGACGACACAUGUACCAGUGUGCAUAACAACACAUGUAACAGUGUCCACAACGACACAUGUACCAGUGUCCACAACGACACAUGUACCAGUGUCCACAACGACACAUAUGUCAGUGUCCACAACGACACAUGUACCAGUGUCAACAACGACACAUGUAUCAGUGUCCACAACGACAUAUGUACCAAUGUGAAUGACGACACAUGUACAAGUGUCUACAACGACACAUGUACCAAUGUGCAUGACGACACAUGUACCAGUGUGCAUGACGACACAUGUACCAUUGUGCAUAACAACACAUGUGCCAGUGUCCACAACGACAUAUGUACCAGUCUCCAUGACGACACAUGUUCGGGUGUGCGUGACGACACAUGUAUCAGUGUGCGUGACGACAUAUGUACCAGUGUGCAUGACGACACAUGUACCAGUGUCCACAACGACACAUGUAUCAGUGUCCACAACGACACAUGUACCAGUCCGCCUGACGUAACAUGUAUCAUUGUCCACAACGACACAUGUACCAAUGUGCAUGACGACACAUGUACCAGUGUAGAUAACAACAUAUGUACCAGUGUGUAUGACGUCAUGUUCAACAGUGUGCAGUACGACAUAUAUACCAGUGUGUAUGACGUCAUGUUCAACAGUGUGCAGUACGACAUAUGUACCAGUGUGUAUGACGUCAUGUUCAACAGUGUGCAGUACGACAUAUGUACCAGUGUGUAUGACGUCAUGUUCAACAGUGUGCAGAACAACAUAUGUACCAGUGUGUAUGACGUCAUGUUCAACAGUGUGCAGUACGACAUAUGUACCAGUGUGUAUGACGUCAUGUUCAACAGUGUGCAGAACGACAUAUGUACCAGUGUGUAUGACGUCAUGUUCAACAGUGUGCAGUACGACAUAUGUACCAGUGUGUAUGACGUCAUGUUCAACAGUGUGCAGUACGACAUAUGUACCAGUGUGUAUGACGUCAUGUUCAACAGUGUGCAGAACAACAUAUGUACCAGUGUGUAUAAUGUCAUGUUCAACAGUGUGCAGUACGACAUAUGUACCAGUGUGUAUGACGUCAUGUUCAACAGUGUGCAGUACGACAUAUGUACCAGUGUGUAUGACGUCAUGUUCAACAGUGUGCAGUACGACAUAUGUACCAGUGUGUAUGACGUCAUGUUCAACAGUGUGCAGUGCGACAUAUGUGUUGCUUGCUUGUCUGUUUGUUUGUCGAUUAACGCCGCCCUCAGCACCAGAUAUGUCGUGUGCAGUGCUAUACACGUACCUGUGUGCAGUAAGUGA